AUGCUGCGCCGAGUCGCCGCGGUACAAGGCGGCCCAGCCAUCAGGCAGUUCUGCUCCCUCAUCCACACAAGACGAUCGCGCGAGACGGAGAUGGGUCUCUUGAAAGUCGACAGCACCGGCAUUGAGCGAGCUCUAGAGUUGACAAAACGGCUUCGGGUAUUGACGGGACGGACAACAUUCGGCGCGUUUUUGACGCGCCUAGUCCAAUACCACAUUGCCGAGGCCGUCGAUAAUACCAAAGCAGGGCGACUGCGAGCCGAUGGAGCCGAGAUUAAGAAAGCGAUGAACAAAUUCGGAUGGAAGGAGGCGGAGCGACCGCGGUUCUUCCAGUACCUGCGACAAGGCCGGUCGUGGCGCUCGAUCUGUCAAGAGCAUGUCGGGUUGCUGAGCUUGAUACCCCUCAAAGCAGAAGCGCCCUAUGGCGUGUCGGCAAACGACUACCUCAGUAUGAAAGGAGACGAGCUGGACACGUUCGCGCAGAUGAUCGACGACCCGUUUAUCGCGGGCCUCGCCGGGGCUGCAGCGGCGUUUCAAGACAUGGUUCUGGGCACGAGGCAUGAUGCCGUGUUUGUGUGGGAGAAGAGCCAGCCUCAGCUGCAUACCUGGGAAAGCUACAUGGCCGAGGCCACCCUGCUUGACAUGCUACGGCCCCACCCGAGCUACGAGGACUGCUGUUACGACAAGAAAGACUUUGCAGACGCUCCCAAGCCGCCAUGCUGGCCAAAGGACUGGGCCUGGCCCAUGGAUCCGCUCGAAAUCCCUCUGCCUCAUAAGCAAUGCGAUCUCUGCGACGACGCCAACGACUGCUGCUGUCGUCGCACGAAAGUGAUUGCAGCACGGAAGCCUCAAAUCAAAUCAUUCGGGGAGCAGGGCGUAGGCCUCCAGGCUCUCGCCACGCACGAGGGUGACUUGGCCUACCACAAGGGCGACAUCAUCGGGCAGCUCACGGGGCGGCUCGUGCCAAAAGACUCCCACCCAUACAACUCCCUGUGGAUCGUGGAGAUGCGACGGUUCGAUCUCGAGGGCGACCCCAUCGUCUGUCAGAUUGAUGUCGGGGGGCCCGCCAGCACCUUUCGUAACCUGAACCAUUCGUGCCGCUCGUCGGCGAGGUUCAUACCUCGCAGAGCAUCGGGGAGAUGGAUCAUGGCUGUCGAAGCUACGAGGGACGUGAGGCAUGGUGAGCAAAUCACCAUUAAUUUUGGCAAAGCAUUCUUGCGAAAUCAGGGUAUCCGGUGUGAGUGCGAGAUUUGCCAUGUACCUACAUGA